AAUAUGAAAAUUAUUACAUUCCACUCUUCUCUUCUGGUCAAUUUCCCUUUUGGAAUUCCGAAUUUUAUCACCUUACCAGUUACCAGAAGAAUAUGGUCCGAUAUCCAAACAUCAUAGGUAAGUUCGCCCUUGCAUUCAGACGCAUCCAUGUGAGAAGAAUGAAGACCUCUCCAGUUUUCCCAAGGAAUGAAGCUGGAAACUACUUUGCCUAUGAGUUUGACCCACACGCAGACUUUGCACAGUUCUUAGAAGAAGCAAGAAAGCGCACAUGUGAUGAGGUGAGCUUUAAGGUUGCUCUACCAGAUACCGAAGAAACGCGAAAGACGGAGUCAAAUGGGGAGAAAAGGAACAAGAAAUCGUGGAAAAGUUCCCUCUUUUCAUGGUUGAAAUCUGACAAGAAAAGCGAUAAUCUGGUGGAACCGUUACAUGGUUCCGCCGCUCCCAAACUGAGGCGUGGAAUUGUUUCUGGUCCAAUACGUGGUAGUGCAGGUGGCCUCGUUCCUGCCAGGCCUAGGAAGCCAGUAUCCGGACCCUUGAUGAGUCUUUUCAAUCCAGCCGAUAAGGUGGAUGGGAUACCUUAUAUGUGUCUAAGCCAUCUAACCAAUCCUCAUGAAGCUCAAUCUUAUGGACCUGUUUACUUGGUAACAUAGGAGUGCUAAGAUAGUAGCCAAGGCCGGAGGGAUACUUGGAAUCCAUUUUCCACCUCAAGGGCUAGUGGACCUCAGCGAGAUAAAACUCGGAUCAUAUUGUAGGUCAAAAAAACCAAAUUUGCUGAAGCAGAUUUCACCUUUUAUGUCAACAGAGUUGGCAUUAUAGCCUGAAACUACUCUUGAUGUAACGAAUCCAGAACACUGUCAUAUUUGACAGCUUAAUUGAUAAAAAUUAUCCUUCAGUUUUAUA